CAACAAGUGGCGUCUGGCAGCGUGGGGAGUACCGAAGGAGCUCACAACACCGGACGUCGUCUUGCACGUAGCAACUGCUGUUGCAUGUCUUCUUACACCUGGUGGAGUCGUGCAUUUCUCACCCAAGGCCGCCAACACCCUCACCUCUCACGCCCAUCUGCUGUGACCUUCCACACCCAUAUGCCUCUCUGCCGUGAGUGUCCACUGUAAAUGUGACCUCCCGCUUCAAAACGUACCGCACAGUACAUGAGGUGACGAACUCCAGUGGCAGUGAUAUUUUCUGCUAAAAUAAAAAUGUUUCGAUCAUGUGAUAAAUUAAAGUAUAAAAACACCCAUUAUUAAAGACAAACUCCCGGAAACUGAAAGUAGUUGUAUUGUUCACUUAGUAAGGCGACAGGAAAGUAGGCGUGAUAUCUUGGCCAGCAUCUCUACAGGGAUAGUUUUUCAGACUUAUUAUUAUAGCAGUUUACGUCUAUCAUUGUCAGUCUACCAGGGGAUCGCUUCUCUCUCCUCAUCAGUAUGUUAUGGCAACAAGUAAGCAACAUAUUUAUCUGCUAAUGGUUGAAGAAAUAUAGAACUAGAAUUCCAAAGUUGAAAGAAAAUACAACGCGGAUUUAAGCGUUCACGCAGGGUUAGAACAUUUUCUGUCUAGUUACCCACAAUUGACCACGAAACACACCUUAGUUGCCCAUUGUUGGAACAAGAAGUAAUUGGUGUAAUUUGAUGAAACAGAGGCAGUAUUAUUUGGACAGAGGUCGACUUUUAUAAGGAGUGUUGAUAGAGCGGCAUUAGUUAAGAAUCUGUCGCAACUGUUUAGAGUACAAAGCUAUUCCUGGACAUGGAGGUGAACUGUUAGUGUAUAGCCGCCUCUCAGAUUAACUGCGACAAACUGAGUCUAGAGGUGGUGAAGUGUGUGGACAAGGAAACGGUGUGAGUGAGAGAAGACUGAAGACGUGAGGUAGUGGAGACUAGGAGGCAGGACAAGUUAGAUAGCGGAGGCCAGGAAACUACAAGUGAGGUAGCGGAGGCCAGAGGCGUGAGGAUAGCACGUCACUUGAAGCCUGUUUUCUUUAUCGCCCAGAGGUGUUGACAUGUCUUAACUGGCCCUAUGUACAGGAAAAGUAUAGACAUGACACAUAAUGCCCCAGGCAGCAAGUAUGGCGUCACCCCGGAGCAGCUGCGGAAGCUGAUGGGCGCCAGAGGCCCAGACGGUCUUCAGCGACUUCUGGAGGAGUUCGGCACCGUGGAAGACGUGUGCCAACGACUACACUCGGACCCCACUGAAGGUAUUGGCAAUACAUCAGAGGAGUUGGGAUAUCGUCGUGAGGUGUUUGGCACCAACGUGAUCCCCCCUAAAGCUCCGGCGUCCUUCUUGCGGCUGGUGAUUGAGGCACUCAAAGACACGACACUCAUUGUCCUACAAGUGGCUGCUGUCAUCAGCAUCGUCCUCUCUUUCUUCCAUACUGAAGAGAGUGCUUUGGAGGAAGAGUCAGAGCAGGCUCCACCUUGGAUUGAAGGUGUGGCCAUUCUGGCAGCCGUUGUAGUGGUUGUUCUCGUCACUGCCUUCAAUGACUACAGCAAAGAGCGCCAGUUCCGGGGCCUGCAGACCAGGAUUGAGAACUCUCACUCCUUCUCCGUUGUCCGUUCCAGGAGUAUCUUACAGGUGCCUAUCACUGAUAUCCUCGUCGGCGACAUAUGCCAGAUCAAGUAUGGGGACAUGCUACCAGCGGAUGGCUUGUUGAUCCAGGGCUCGGACUUAAAGGUGGACGAGUCUUCACUUACCGGUGAAAGUGACCACGUCACCAAGAGCGAGACCUCUGACCCCCUGCUUUUCUCAGGGACAACAGUAAUGGAGGGGAGUGGGAGAAUGUUAGUGACUGGUGUCGGUGUCAACUCACAGGCUGGCAUCAUCAUGACUCUUCUUGGAGCCACAGAGAAAAGCAAAGAAGCGAAGACAGAGAGAAAAAAGCUCAAACAGACAAGAGAAGAAAAAUCAGAUAAAUCAGUCUUACAACAAAAACUUUCAAGAUUAGCUCUUCACAUUGGAUAUGCAGGUUCUGCGAUAGCUAUGUUGACAAUAGUGAUCUUGGUGGUGACUUUCAGCGUCAAGAUGUAUGUAGUGGAGAAGGAGGAGUUCAACGUACGUCACAUCAACUCAUUUGUGCACUUCUUCAUCAUCGGUGUAACAGUGCUGGUGGUGGCAGUGCCAGAGGGCCUACCCCUUGCCGUCACCAUCUCUCUUGCUUUCUCUGUCAAGAAAAUGAUGAAAGAUAACAACUUGGUGCGGCACCUGGACGCCUGUGAGACCAUGGGGAAUGCCACGACCAUCUGCUCAGACAAAACUGGCACCCUCACCACCAACCGCAUGACUGUCGUGGCUGCCCACAUGGCUGGCACCACAUAUAAAUCUCUACCCAAGUAUGAAACGCUUCCUACAAGUAUGGCUGAGAUGAUGGUUCUUGCCAUCAGUAUCAACACUAACUAUACUUCCAAGAUUGUUCCCUCUGACACACCAGGUGCACUACCCAAGCAAAUUGGAAACAAGACAGAGUGUGCACUGUUAGGCUUUGUGACAGACCUAGGCCGCAGCUACCAGACCAUCAGAAACCACUACCCAGAGGAAAAGUUUGUCAAGCUCUACACCUUCAACUCUGCCAGAAAGUCCAUGUCAACAGUGGUACCUCUGGGAGUUGGCGGCUUCAGGAUCUUCACCAAGGGCGCUUCAGAAAUUGUUGCGAAAAAGUGUACUUUUAUACUGAAUGAAAAAGGUGAAGUGGAAAAGUUAAGCAUAGAGGACCAGAAAAGGCUGGAGAGGGAUGUGAUUAAUCCAAUGGCAUCAGAUGGUCUGCGCACCAUUGGCAUUGCCUACAGGGACUUUGUUCCCUUUGAUGCCAACAUGAAUCAGACAGAGAUCAGCCAGGCACCUCAGUGGGAAGAGGAGGACACUGUAGUCUCUAACCUGACCCUCUUGGCCAUCGUCGGCGUUGAGGACCCUGUCAGGCCAGAGGUGCCGGAGGCAAUCAAUCUGUGUGAGGGGGCUGGAGUGGCAGUGAGGAUGGUGACUGGGGAUAACAUCAACACCGCCAGGUCUAUUGCUUCUAAGUGUGGUAUUCUUAAGCCCACACGAGACAGUCUCGUCCUUGAUAGUAAAGAGUUCAAUCACAGGAUACGGGAUGAGCAGGGAGAGGUAUCGCAAGAGCUAUUUGACAAGGUGUGGCCACAGCUGAGAGUGUUAGCCCGAUCAUCACCACAGGACAAGUAUGUGUUGGUUCAAGGUAUCAUCAACUCCUGUGCUGGAGACACACGGCAGGUGGUGGCAGUCACUGGCGAUGGCACCAAUGAUGGUCCCGCACUCAAGAUGGCUGACGUUGGUUUUGCUAUGGGCAUCACCGGCACUGAUGUGGCCAAGGAGGCGUGCGAUAUUGUUCUGACGGAUGACAACUUCUCCUCCAUCGUGAAGGCGGUUAUGUGGGGAAGGAAUGUGUAUGAUUCUAUCUCCAAGUUCCUCCAGUUUCAGCUGACUGUUAAUGUAGUUGCUGUAACCAUUGCCUUUGUUAGCAUCUGCAUCAUUGGUGACACUCCCUUGAAGACAGUGCAAAUGUUAUGGGUGAAUCUGAUCAUGGACACACUGGCAUCACUGGCACUUGCCACGGAAGCGCCCUCCCGCUCCCUCCUGUACAGGAAGCCCUAUGGGAGGACCAUGCCCCUUAUCUCCUCCAUCAUGCUCAGGAAUAUCCUGGGUCAGGCCUCCUUCAUGGUCAUCGUGAUUUUCCUUCUCCUUUUCUAUGGUCAUUAUCUAGUGGACAUUGAUGAUGGACUCUAUGCCAGAUUGGAUGAACCACCGUCUCAACACUUUACCCUCAUCUUCAACACCUUUGUGAUGAUGACCCUCUUCAAUGAGGUAAAUGCGCGCAAGAUUCAUGGAGAACACAAUGUAUUCCAAGGCAUUACCAGAAACCCUCUCUUUUACUGCAUCUGGAUUGUCACCUUUGCAUCACAGGUUGUGAUAGUGCAGUUUGGAAGCUACGCAUUCAACACAGCGGCAUUGACAACAGACCAAUGGCUAUGGUGUGUGUUUUUUGGAAUUAUGAUACUGUUGUGGGGGCAGAUUAUCACCACCGCCUUUGCCUUGCUGCACAUGAAGGGCACCAGAUACGUGUCAUCCGAGCCUUUCAGUCCGGGGUUGAGGAACGUGUGGACUCAGAAGAACAUGUCCGGCGUGGAGAGAUGGGAGUCUAUCAAAGGGGACUUGGAGAGUCCGAACUCGUCCGUGACUCCCCCUUCGACCUGUUCUCUGACCCCGAGGAGUGUUCGCUGCCUCAAGUCGAAGGAACCCGAUAAUGGAGUUGUCCUGAUAAAGGUUCAAGAAGCAGACAGUCAGACAGAGAAGAGGGAGCUCACCAUUCCACAGCUGGAGGUGAAUAGUGUGCCUUUCUCCUCAUCUAUGUAAACAAUGAGCCAUGUUACACCCUAGAGGUGAACAGCGAUCCAUGUGGCUCCCCGGAUGCCAGAAAUCCGGACCACCCGAGAAUCCCGACUUUUCGAAAACUAUUUUUUUUUUUUAGCGGGCUUUUGUGUGUAUGUGCGCAUGC